CAGAACCUCUGUUGGUCCAAAACUAACAUCAGCAGAUCUGAUCCGGACUAGAGUCUGAGGGGGUCUUUAUUUUUAGAUAGACGGAGCUUUAAUCUGCUGUUCUGCAGGUCAGCAGGUAAACACACACACACACACACACACACACACACACACACACACACACACACACACACACACAGGUGGAUUACCGUGCAUUAAUCAUCAUUAUGACACAGGAGAUUACAGCACACACCCUCGGGCCGUUCGCAGCAGACGGCGUCACGUGGAGGAGCGAACACGUGCAGACAGACAGACGGACGGACGGACUGACAGGAGUGUUUUUUUUUUCUCAGCAGAUAAAAUUACUCCACACAGAAAAACAAACAGACUCUUUCUCUGAAUUAAAACUUUAUUCAUGUAUUUAUUAUUGAUCGAAUCACCAUCUAUCAUUCCUUUGAUUAUAGAGCAAAAAUGUUAAAAAAACAAGCAAAUAUAAUAAAAAGAAAAACAAAGAAAAAGGAAGUUUUUCACUGCUGCUAACGUGGAGGCUGUUCUUCACACCAGGGGUUGUGAUGUGUUUGUUUUUUAUUCUUAAACUGUCAGGAAAACAGCUGUUUUAAAAAAACAUUUCAUACUUGGGUUUAAAACUUUGUUUUGAAGGUUUUCAUGAAUCAGGAAAAGACGGCCUCUAAAGUGUCAGCUGAGAAAACGUCCUAAAAACAUAAAGUGAAACAGGCGAGUGUUCAAACGUAAGCUCGGGCGUCCGAUUCUGACUUGGCUGUGGCUGUGUAGACCUUCUUGUUUCCAUAGUUUCCUCCAUAACCGCUGCAAAACAAACGAGAGAGAGAGAGAGAGAGAGAGAGAGAGAGAGAGAGAGAGAGAGAGAGAGAGAGGGAGAGAGAGAGAGAGAGAGAGAGAGAGAGAGAGAGAGAGAGAGAUUAUUAUUAUUAUUUAAAUGUAUGUAAAAGAAAUAACGCUCUUAUUCAAAACCUUCACAAAAUCGAGCUUCACCAGAACAAAAGAGGUUAAAAAAAUAUUUAAAACUUAUUAAAACAAAACUUUGGAAUUCAAGACUUUGCCGUCACAAAUCUAAAACUAACAUUUAGUGUUUUUUUUUUAUAACCUACUGCUUAUUAUCAAUUAAUGUGGAACUUUUUUCUCCUAAAUCUACAUAUUUUUAUACUUUAACUUCAAAAAUAAAAAUUUUUUACUGAUAAAAUCAUGACUGCUCAUUUAAACUUCAAACUUUAUCUUCAUAAUCGACUUAUUCUUGUUCUUUAAAGUUACAUCUUUACUUUUAGUCACAAAUUUUGUCAAAAAUUCUUUGAACUUUACAAACUUUUUCCUGAACUUGUGAAUUCAGCUCGUCAGUUUCUGAUUCUUUUACUACAUUGACCUCAGCUGUGUUGUGUUCCACUUACCCUUUCGGGCCUCCAGCCGACGCCCUCUUGCAGGCGCUGCAGAGAAGAGCUCCGCCCAGAAUAGACAGACUGGCUCCGCCCCAUCCGAUGUAGAGACCAGUACCAAGUUCAAACCUGCAAACACGGGACAGCAUGAAACAAACGCCUGAUAACCGCUGAGAUGAUUGUCUCUCUGAAGGACUGAGGGGGAGACCGUUUCUCUCUCUGUCACUCACCUCACUCCUCCAAAGAACGGGUCGUUAAAGUCCUGAACGACCCUGAAGGCGUACCAGGAAACGGCGAUCAUGCAGCACAGACCUGCGAACACACAGAACCAAACAUGUCAACACGAACCCGUCAGCGUUGACGGUCAGUUCAGGUUGUCCCGUGUUCGAUCACGUUCUCGUGAAAACUCACCACCAAGCAUGCACAGGAUUCCUCCGGUGGCGGCGAUCUUGGCCUUGGACUCGUCGGUGGCCGAGCCGAUCUUGAUGCACUUGAGUCCGAGCAGAGACAAGAUCAUGCAGCCGAGGCCGAGCAGCAGAGAGAUGAUCAUCAGAGCCCUGCAGGCCUGAACAUGAGCUGAAACACAAACAGAUGUUUUUAACCACAAGAUCUACAAAUCCAAGACGUGAUCGGUGAUGUCUGCAACAUGACCCCGAGCGGACUGAGGGACUUUAUUCAACCGUUUAGAGUCUGAGAGGAGGACAGGGAAGAUCCUCGAGGACAGAGGAGGAAGUCGAGACUCUGAACCACGUCCACAAAACACCAGAGCUGCAGUUUCCUUUUCCUUUAAUCCUGACUGUUGGUUUAAAACACCAAAUCACACAGAACAUGACAUUACAGCGGAUCCAUCUAAAAACAUCAUGAACCAGGAGAAGUCCUCCCAGUUUAAGGUCAAACCUUCGAUUCCUCCCUCAGAAAAUCAGACUUUAGUCGGACGUAGAACCGAAACUCCAGAUCUUUAAUCUCCUUCUUUAAUCAACUCUCAUUUCGUCCUAAACUUCACUAUUUUACUAUAAAAACCAUCCUAAACACUGAAAUUCAACGUCAAAAACAACGUUAGCGUUAUCUCCGAUCAUCUCAUUUCUUAUGUAGGUCAUCGGCGUACGAGAGUAUCAGGUCAAACUUCUCCCGCUGACGUCAGACUCAUUCCUACAUUUUCAUUUUAAAAAUCCUUCAAAUAAACUCAAACUAAAUCAAAAUUAAACUAAAAAACACCGUCGGCCUUCGAACGCCGUUUCCCUCCAUUUUGGUGUGGAGACGAUUCAAAAUGGCGCCGGAUGAUAACACAUCACAGGAGGAAACACAGUUUACAGGUUCGAGAGAAAAAAGGACAUUUUCACCUAAAAAUGUCGGGAUAAAGACGUGAAGAUCGUCUUCGUACCUGUUUCUCUAAAUUAAAAUCUUUCUGACCUUCGUUUGGCGUUCGGCGGGAAACUCCUGCUCGUAACAGAAACCAACCUUUGAUCGGGUAAUUUUGAAACGACGCCAUAAAACACGCUGACCUACUUCCUCUGCUGCAGGUUUCAUAAUCAUUCAGCGUAUUUAUGUUUUUAACGGAAUAACUCGAAAUAUAAAGAACUCCGAUAUCAACCUGUCAGGUCUGAUCUGAGGCGGAUUCGGGAUUUUCUUCUUUUGGCGUUUUUUUCUGAUGUGACACUUGACCUCAAAACUUUUUCUGGGUCAUUCACGUAAUCAGACAGAGAGCGAGGAAACGGUGGCGUACGCCCGUUUCCUCGCUAACGUAAAAACUGAGGUUGGCGAAUUCAACAAAAUAAGCGCCAAAAAUUAGAACUUUAGCGAGCAGUCGUUCCGAUAAAUAAUUCUUCAAAAUGGCGUCGUCAAGAAUUUCCCACUUUGUCCCCGAGCUUUUGAUCGAUCUGAUUUUACAGCUUUAAUUUAGCGGCAGAUCUACCUCGGAGAAAAUGGCGAACCCGACUCCUGGGAUCAGACUUCGAGAACCUUUGAGUCCGAACUUUAUCAGGAAGUCGAUAUUUUUGCUGUUUGGACUCUACUCUGGUUUUCAGGUCCUUCUCUUACCUGGAAGGGCGAGUAAAGAUUCGAAGUCUCGGCACUCGGCGAUGCCGGCGCUGUUCUCGGCGCAGGAGUGCCACAGGUUCUCAAACUGCCUCUGGGAGAUGAUGACGCUGCCGGACACGGUGGAGAUCUUCCAGUAGUCGUUGACCAGAGCCGCUCCGGUCAGCAACCAGGCGAUUAUGCUCAUGAUGAACCCGGUCGCUUCCACAGCCGUCGACAUGAUGGCAGCAAAUCCAGAAAACGGCUUCGAGAGAAAUCCAAGAAAGAGUCUGAAGAGUCUGGAAGUUUCCCUGGAGCGUCAGCGGGUGAAACUGGAGUCAGGUUUGAUGAACGGCGCUCUGGUCUCUCUCCUUCUGUUACUUCUUUCUAAUCUGACGUCCGUGGUCGUAACAGGAGGACUUUACACUCUAACAGGGGCCAUAAAACGCCGGAGGCCGCUCCCUCUGCUUCCCUACCACCUCUUAGUGAGUAUUGAUGAUGAUGAUGAUGAUGAUGGUCUUCAGCCGCACCUUAGGUAACCUUGGAAACCACCUUUGAGAGUCUGUGUGUGUGUGUGUGUGUGUAGACUGAAGUCAUAUGUAACCCCGUAGAUGUUCAUGACAAGUCUUCUGGUUUCUGUUUGUCGUCUUGACCAAUCAGGUAUCAGUCGUUUUUGGCGUGUUCAGAAGCAGACGUUUAUGUUUAAUUUGUUAAAUGUGACGUUUUAAAAAACAAGAGAGCAGAGGACAGGUAUGGUAUCAGAGGGGCGGGGCUUAGCUGGAUCAAACGUUAGUAUACAGACAGGUGAGCACAGGUCAACAGAUCUAGAUAAACCUGUGGAGUGCCACAGGGUUCAAUACUGGGACCAAAUUUAUUCAUAUUAGAUAUAAGUGAUUAAAAGUUAGUUAAUUUUUGCCGAUGAUGCUCAUAUUUUUUGUACAGGAGAGAAUCUAAUCAGGAUACCUCAGUGGAGUUUGAUAAACUGAAAUUGUGGUUUGAUGAGAAUAAACUCUCUAAACACGACGAAGACAAAGUUCAGAUUGUUUGGAAAGAGAUAAAUUCAACCAAAUCCAGAGGUUGAAGUGAGUGUUGAUAAUACUGAGAUAGAGAGGGUGUUUUUUUUUUUUAGGGCUGAAAAUGGACGAUAAUCUCAGCUGGAAACACAAAAUAAAUGAUGUUAGGUCAAAGUGGGUCGGACAGACAAGACACAAAUUAAUCCAUAAACCUUAUUAUAUAAUACGCUUAAAUUAUCAUAUCUGACUUAGUGCACAGAAGUCUGUGGAAAUACAUUAAAAAAAGGAAUUUACAACCUAUUUAUAUUAUGCAAAAGAGAGUAAUAAGGAGUGCUGACUCCUCUGACUGCGUCUCAAAUCGAGAAAAUGUCGUGUUUGGGGGGUUCCCCAGGGCUCGAUACUCGGACCACUGCUGUUCAGUCUUAUACAGACGAUUCACUUCUUUACACAUGAGGAUCAGCAGGUGAUUUCAGUCCAGUUCACCCUCUCAUUCAGAGAUUUUCAUCUAUGACCGAUAACUUUUCACAAACAAACUCGGAUGGUUUCAUAGACUCAAAAUAUUCUCCACACUGAGUAUUUUUGGUCUAAAAGACGUCUAGAUGUAGUCUAGACGACUGGUCUAAAAUCAGACUAUCAGGUCUAAAAAUGAAAGUUUUCAGACGUCUAAAUUUAGACCAGGUCUAAAUCUAGGCUUCUAUAUCUAUACUACACUGUAUAUUGCUCAAUGGCUAUCAUGAUUAUUUUGGUUAAGUAGUUGGAGAUCAGUUUUGUGACUCACAGGGCGACGUCUGAAUCCCGUCUAAAAAUAUCCAGAAUCUAGACUGAGGUUGAAAUUAGAUUUAAAGAAAAACUAGACGUCUAACAGCCGUCUGUCGCUCAGUGGGUCAUAUCUCAGUUCAAGUCUGAGGUGAAGAACUUCCUCUGUGCAGUUUCUCAUGAAUACGACACAAACUAGAGAUUAUAAAUGUUCAGGAAGGAGUUUGAUUCGAAAGUUAGCGGUCAUCAGCGGGUCUCAUCGCGGCGCCGCUGAGAUAAACAGCUCAAAGUUUUCCGGUUUUAAGAAUCUGUGUCACGGGAACUUGGUGUUAAUCUGCUCAUCUGGUCACAGAUUUGCUCCGAUGAACCAGAUUACUGAGAGAAGAGGAAGUUGGAUCCAGCAGCAGGAAGUAGGAGAACAAUACGCACAUCUACGCCCAUAUAAGGAAGUGCGGCCUCUGUCCUGCUGUCAGAGCGAGGAUUUCAUCAGGUUACAGGUGUUGUGAUUGAUUGGUCACGGUUGAUUUUGUAUCUUCAGCUCCGAAUAAAGUCCAUUGCGUGUUUUUGUAUGUGUAAAAAUCUGGAUUAUGACUCAAACGUGGACUAAUCCAGGGUUUAGGUCAGGCUCAGGUCCUUGUGUGAUGGUUUCAGGAGGAUGUUUCUGUGUUUUAUGACUUUAUGGCUGCUAACAGUUAAUGUUUGAUCAUCAUGAGAGUCUAAAGUCCGACACUUGACUCUCUGUGUGUCCUCUUUCUGCAGUGACGUGGUCUAAUAGAAACUCAGAGUCAGUUUAGUGACUUUAGAAACAGAGAGAAUUGUUAAAGAAGAGGAACAAAACAUCACUUCUGCCUUUUUAGGAACUGUCUGACAGGACCGUGUACUGAACGGACCUUUUAUAGGGAUCCCUAAACGAGUUUAAAAGUUUAACCAGGCCUCGUUUAAAACGUCCACAUUUACACACCCGCCCGUCUGCCUGAGGUUUGUUGAAUUCUGAGGUGGCCUCUCGCCAGUUGGCAGACGUCUCACCGGAGUGACAGACGUCCACACAAAGAUGUUUCUAUUUCAUCUCCUCACUGAGAGUUGGACAAUCUCAGGUCAACAACUCCUCAGUCAAACAUCGCUUUUAUAAAACCAACACUUCCUCUCUGUCACACUGAGACAGACAGACAGGGAUCUGAGGCCUCAGACAGAGACAGACAUGGAUCUGAGGCCUCGAGGGUAAAGAGGUUUUAAAUGAACUUGUUUCUCAGCUCUGGUCCAACAUCACUCAGUCUGCUCUAAACACUUUUAAGAUUAGAAGCUGUUGAGGGAUUUUCUCUGUGUCAGAGGGCGUGGUCUAAACAGAAGGUUACUCUCAUGAUGCGUUCGAGCUACCUCAGAAGUCGGAGCUGAAAAUGACGUCAAACCCGGGUUACCAGCGUUUCAGUUACCAAGUCGGAAAAAAUUAAAAUCGGAGCCCUGAAACACGAUGGCUACAUCUACCAAAGUUAUUUUAGCGUAGUUUUCGCAUGAUAAGGCGCACCAGAUUAUAAAGCGCAUUACGCCAAACGAAACAGUCAAUAAUUCGGCGAGGCUACGGGAGCUGCAGCGCUCCGACAAGCCAAAAGGAUUUUAAGUGCGCCUUAUAGUGUGAAAACUACGGAAUAUUCCGACAAGGCGAGUGCUAAAAUAACAUCCGUAGAUGUCGCCAUCUUGUUUUCGAUCUCGGGUGUGACGUCAUUUUCAGCUCCGGCCUCUAAAUUCUGAGGGUUUAAUCUGUUUAAUUUUUCAGACACAUAAUUAAAGUUCACCUCUGAACACAUUAAUGUUCUCACUUCUCAUCUACAGUCAUAGCGCCACCUUUUGGAAGUACAUGCUACCAACUUCAAAAACAACAUCCAAUCUGAACGAACUUUCCAGAUUUAAAGAUCGUCUCAACCUGAAGUAAGAUACAAGUCAGGGCUUAACACAUGUUCUCAUGUUCUCCUAGGUUAAAAAAGCAAGGAGCACACAAAGAACUUCAGGGGAACAAUGAGCCUCCUGAAAAACCGAACAGGAACUUCAGUCAGAAAACGGAUCCUGUAAACUGAGACACGACAGCCGUCCAGAUACAUUUCUUUUAACUAAAGUUAAAUUCAACUGUGCAUGCUGGAGGGACUAACAGGUACUCUCACAGUCAGUCCGUUUCCAUGACACCCAAGAAAACCAAAUUAUCGCCUUAUUCCGAUUAAGACCGGACAACUGAAGGUCAUGUAAACACUUUAGUCCGACUCCGAUUGAGACACCCAGAUAAUACGAUUGGAAUUAGAUUUUCUCUACCAUGUAACCAGCGUAGUCGGAGUAUGAUCGGAGUAAGAGUAGAGGAGUAGCGUUGGUCUCCUCUUUAGUAAAAGUAGCGCGUCCAUCAUGUCGGACAAAAACAACGCUGUACGAUGCUCCACCUUCUUGUUUCUCCAAAAUGCCCAGCAGCAGUUGUAGACACUUCUGACGUCUGACACCGACCUGCUGUUGUUGUUGACGGUUGUAUGGGGUCGGAAACAGCGCCGCUGAAAA